AUGGCCUAUGACCGCUACGUUGCCAUCUGCAAGCCCCUGCACUACGGGAGCCUCCUGGGCAGCAGAGCUUGUGUCCAGAUGGCAGCAGCUGCCUGGGGCAGUGGCUUUCUCAAUGCUGUCCUGCACACGGCCAACACAUUUUCCCUGCCCCUCUGCCAAGACAAUGCUGUGGACCAGUUCUUCUGUGAAAUCCCCCAGAUCCUCAAGCUCUCCUGCUCAGAUGCCUACCUCAGGGAAGCUAGGGUACUUUUCUUUACUCUUUGUUCAGUCUUCGGUUGUUUCAUUUUCAUUGUGGUGUCCUAUGUGCAGACCUUCAGGGCAGUGCUGAGGAUGCCCUCUGAGCAGGGCAGGCACAAAGCCUGUUCCACGUGCCUUCCUCACCUGGCCGUGGUCUCCCUGUUUGUCAGCACCGCCAUGUUUGCCUACCUGAAGCCCCCCUCCAUCUCUUCCACAUCCCUGGACCUGAUAAUGGCAGUUUUGUACUCGGUGUUGCCUCCAGCAGUGAACCCCCUCAUCUAUAGCAUGAGGAACCAAGAGCUCAAGGAUACAGUGAAGAAAAUCUUUGGAUACACGGUUACAGUAAUAUUCCAAUAG